AUGAAAUCCUUCACCGCUGCUGCUGUUAUGUCCACUUUGGCUCUCUCUGCCAAUGCCGGUUUGGCUCCCGUUGCCUCAGCACCUUUCGCAUAUGCUGCUUCUCCUUAUGCUGCUGCUCCCUAUGCUGCUGCUCCUUUCGGCGCUUCACCCUAUGUAGCUCAUCCUUAUGCUGCCGCUCCCUAUGCUGCAUACGCUGCCCCAGCUGCCUACUCUACUCCCUUUGUAGGCAAGACCUUCGCUGCUGCUCCAGCUUUCGCUGCCCCAGCACCCAUCUACUCUGCUGCUCCAGCUCCCUAUGUAGCCGCCCCUGUUGCUAAGACUUAUGCUGCUGCUCCUUUCGUAGCCAAGACUUUCGCCGCCCCAGCUCAAGUUGUAGCUGCUGCCCCAGCUCCAGUUUUCGCUAAGACUGUUGCUGCUCCUUUGGCCGCCCCCGUUGCUGCCGUAGCUGCUCCCGUUGUAGCCAAGGCUGCUUUCGUUGAACCCGAAAUUGUUGAUGCUCAUCCUCAAUACAGAUACGCCUACAAUGUUCAAGAUGCUUUGACCGGUGACUCCAAGACCCAAGAAGAAACCCGUGAUGGUGAUGUAGUCCGUGGCUCAUACUCCCUCAUUGAAGCCGAUGGUUCCCGUCGUAUUGUCAACUACUACGCUGACGAUAUCAGCGGUUUCAACGCUGUUGUCUCCAAGGAAUUGCCCGUAGCUGCUGCUCCCGUCGUAGCUGCCCCAGCUCCCGUUGUCGCCAAAACCUUUGCCGCUCCCAUUGUUGCCUAAGCUGCUGCUGUUAUGUCCACCUUGGCUCUUUCUGCCAAUGCCGGUUUGGCUCCCGUUGCCCAAGCACCUUUCGCCUAUGCUGCCUCUCCUUAUGCUGCUGCUCCUUUCGCCGCUUCUCCCUAUGUAGCUCAUCCUUAUGCUGCUGCUCCCUAUGCUGCCUACGCUGCCCCAGCUGCCUACUCUACCCCCUUUGUAGGUAAGACCUUCGCAGCUGCUCCAGCUUUCGCCGCCCCAGCUCCCAUCUACUCUGCUGCUCCAGCUCCCUAUGUUGCCGCCCCUGUUGCUAAGACUUAUGCUGCUGCUCCUUUCGUAGCCAAGACUUUCGCUGCUCCUUUGGCUGCCCCAGCCCCAGUUGUAGCUGCUGCCCCAGCUCCAGUUUUCGCUAAGACCUUUGCCGCCCCCGUUGCUGCUCCCGUCGUAGCCAAGGCUGCUUUCGUAGAACCCGAAAUUGUUGAUGCUCAUCCUCAAUACAGAUACGCCUACAAUGUUCAAGAUGCUUUGACCGGUGACUCCAAGACCCAAGAAGAAACCCGUGAUGGUGAUGUAGUCCGUGGCUCAUACUCCCUCAUUGAAGCCGAUGGUUCCCGUCGUAUUGUCAACUACUACGCUGACGAUAUCAGCGGUUUCAACGCUGUUGUCUCCAAGGAAUUGCCCGUAGCUGCUGCUCCCGUCGUUGCUGCCCCAGCUCCCGUUGUAGCCAAAACCUUUGCCGCUCCCAUUGUUGCCUAAUUUCCCCAUCCAUCAACCAUUAAGCCAACAGCAGUGAUGUCUAACAAUUAAUUUUAAUACUCUUGCGAGAUUACAUCAGUACCUUUCUGCCAAUUUGCCUUAAUUCUUAGCUAAUUGUUUAUCUUUACUUUGUUUUCUCUAUCCCUUUUCCUGCUAAGUCUUAAAAAAAUCUGUCUCUUUUCCGUUAUUGUCUAUGGGUUAAAUUAACCCAUAACUGUUGUCAAGGUGCUGGCAUACAAUUGCAAUAGCGUAAGCGAAAUUCAUUUGUAAAUAACAUUUUCUACAAUCAUUGUCGUCGUUGUACAAAAUUUCAACUUUCAUCACUUUUAAAUGACCAAGACUUUGAUAACUUUGUUAAAUAAAAAAAAAUAUUAUUGAAAAAAAAAACAAAA